UUAUCUUCACCAUCCACCACCUUCAGGCCACCCCUUCUCGCCCCUAGUUGAGACUAGGAGAGCACACAGCUCUUGGUUCUUUGGGAAGGGCCGCCCCCAUGCCUCCUCCUCUCCUCCCCCCCGGAUGCCUCACUUCAGCUAGCUAACUUCCUUCCUUCGAGGUUUUGCUACCACCUGCUGCAACAAUCUCUGCUCUCGUCCGCCAAGCUCUGUGCUAUGUCGCUCACGGAGGUCAGCCUCCACUUCUGCUACCUCCACUCCCUCUCCAUCGUGCUUCUCCACUUCCUCUACGUGAUCUCCUGAUCGGCCGCCUACCGCCAAGUUCCGAUCGAACAAAGCUUUGGUUUGAUUCAGAGCCGAAGCUUUGGUCGUUCCAGUUCCAGCAAAAAAUUACUUAGUAUUAAUUAAUUACUCGGUGAUUGUUCCUCUUCGUUCCAUGAUCUUGUCCCGUUCCUCUCUUGCUUUGCUGCUAAGUUCCGUGCGUCUCCUAACGCGAACUCCUGCACUCGACCAAUCAAUACGACUAGGAGCAGCUAGCGGCAGUGUUCCAAGCAGCUGGUAAGUGCUUCACUUCUCAAGUAGUAGGAUGGCUCCACCGGCGGCCGCCCAGAGAGCGCGCCGCGCCGCGGCGAUCACGGAGGAGGAGCGGCGGCGCAACCGCAUGGCCUCCAACAGGCUGUCGGCGCGCAAGUCCCGCAUGAAGCAGCAGCAGCACGUCGACGACCUGACCGCGGUGGCGGAGCGCCUUCGGCGCGAGAACGAGGCGAUGCGCGCCGGCGUCGGCGGCGUCGUGCGGCAGAGCAUAGAGCUCGAGCAGGAGAAUCGGGUGCUCGCCGCGCACGCGCGCCAGCUGUGCGCCACGCUCCUACUGCGGAACUCCCAGCUCCGCCUGCUCGGUGACGUGGCCGGCCUACCGCUCGACGUGCCGCUCGUGCCCGACCACCUCGUGCAACUCUACGGUAUGCUCGAGUUCUGAGGUGUGACGUGAGUGCAUGAACUAUUUAUUGUUAUCGUGCGAAUUCUGCUCUGUCGUUGGUGUUGCGCUAUGUUUGCUGUAUGUAUCCUGUGUUGUGCUGAUGUAUCAUCCGUGUAUGUUUGUCAUGUGAACAACGUACUGUAAGUGUGGUGUUAAUGCCGUUUGUGGUCGCAUAAAGAAUGUAUGAUAUGUUAUGUUUAUGUA